AUUUUCUCACGGAGCGAAGCCACUGGAACUCGAAACAAGGAAAAAGCUAAAGCUAUACUGGGCAUGGCUGCCACUAAAGCCUUCAGCCUUACCAUCCAAAACCCCUCCACUUGCUUCCCCGCCAAAAGGGCACGCAGCCAUCCUAAUCUUCACCAACGUUUCACUGUCAAGUGCUUAGUUCGUCCUGCUUCCGACAGCGCCGCCACGGGUUUGGCAGAAAGGCCGUGGAGUGUUUCAAAUGCUAGACUUGUUCUUGAAGAUGGUUCAAUAUGGAGGGCUAAGUCAUUCGGUGCUUCGGGAACACAAGUUGGUGAAGUGGUUUUCAAUACAUCUUUGACUGGGUAUCAGGAAAUUAUAACAGACCCUAGUUAUACUGGUCAGUUUGUCCUGAUGACCAACCCACAUAUCGGCAAUACUGGUGUCAAUUUUGAUGACGAAGAAUCUAGGCAAUGCUUUCUCGCUGGUUUGGUAAUAAGAAGUUUAAGUAUUAGUACUUCAAACUGGAGAUGUGCAGAAACACUUGGUGAUUAUUUGGCAGAAAGGAAUAUCAUGGGGAUUUAUGAUGUUGACACACGUGCAAUCACCCGCCGUCUAAGGAAUGAUGGAAGCCUUAUUGGUGUGUUAAGCACAGAGGAAUCUAAAACAGAUGAAGAACUUCUGGAGAUGUCUCGUUCAUGGAACAUCGUAGGUGUUGAUUUAAUAAGUCCUGUUUCAUGCAAAGAACCUUAUGAGUGGGUUGAUACAACACAGUCAGAGUGGGAGUUUAAGACUUACGGGAGACUUGGAGAAACUUACCAUGUUAUUGCUUAUGAUUUUGGAAUCAAGCACAAUAUAUUAAGACGUUUAGCAUCCUAUGGCUGUAAAAUCACUGUAGUCCCUUCAACAUGGCCGGCAUCAGAAACUCUAAAAAUGAAGCCGGAUGGAGUUCUUUUCAGCAAUGGCCCGGGUGACCCAUCUGCAGUUCCAUAUGCUGUUGAAACAGUCAAAGAACUACUGGGAAAGGUUCCUGUUUUUGGAAUCUGUAUGGGCCACCAGUUGCUUGGGCAGGCUUUGGGUGGUAAAACUUUUAAAAUGAAGUUUGGUCACCAUGGAGGAAAUCAUCCAGUUCGUAACUUGCGAAAUGGCCGUGUAGAGAUUAGUGCGCAGAAUCAUAACUAUGCAGUUGACCCUGCUACACUUCCGAAAGGUGUAGAAGUAACUCAUGUCAAUCUUAAUGAUGGAACCUGUGCUGGGCUCGCAUACCCAUCCUUAAAUAUCAUGUCUCUACAAUACCAUCCUGAAGCAUCCCCUGGUCCUCAUGAUUCAGACUCUGUUUUUAACGAUUUCACAGAGCUGAUGAAGUCUGUCAAACAGCAUACUUGAGCUCCCCAAGUUAUAUAUGGCAGUUGAAUUGGGGCCCUUCACAGAGUAAUAUUAAUGGUGGUGGUGGUGGCCCUUCACAGAGUUUGGCACUCUUUGUUCUUGAAUUGGGUUAGGCAAAUUUUGUUAGUGCUUGUAAAAUCACUCUAGAUUAAGUUUGUUGCGACAUUGUCCUUAAAUAUUGUUUGUUCACCUUUGAUUUUAAGAUAUUAACUCUCAAAAAUUUCAUGUUGUACGAAUCAUUUAGACUAUAAUACCAGGAACUUUCGUUUUCUUGA